AUGUCACCACCCAAGGAGCCUUCCUCGGUUUCAACGUAUGCUCUGGCGAGUGCGUUAUUCACCACUGCAUGUGUUGGAUUCGCCGUUAUUCCUUGCUAUGCUUACCAUAUGAAAGAUGCAGUCCUCGUCCCCAGACUUAUGGUCGGAGCUGUGGUUUCUCAAGGAGUUACUAUGGACAUGCGAGCCGCAUCUAUGUUCUGUCUCAAAGGCGUCAUCACCCUCUGCUUUGCAUUCGGCUUUGGCGAGAUCAUGUACCAAGUCGUCUUGGCCGUUUGCCAGUGCUUGAAUGCUGAAUACUCCCGUAUUUGGGCCACAGUGGUUACUUAUCCCUUCAGCCUUCUCUUCGCAUUGGGUACGCCAACGUCACGAUGCAAACUUGGAGAUUAUAUCAUGCCCAACGUUGCCUCGGCUUUCGUGUACAUUCCUACUUCACUUUACUUUGAAGAACCAGCCAAGGAGACUCUAGUUGCCUUCGUUAUGGCCAUAUAUGCAUUUUGCCUACCUCUGGUGCUGCUGGCUAUUCUCAAGGUCUUCGGUUUGCUUAUUACCCCUGGUCCGCCGGCUAAGAUGAGGUUUGCUUACGAGGCCGCUAGGUUCAACGGAAUUUUGACUGAUUACUUCGUCAGUGGAGGCACGCACAGAAAGCUCCUGGAUGCUGCUGAGAAACGCUUCAGUGGUAUCUGUGUGAAUCUUGCUAGAAGUCCCCUGCCCCCGGAUGUCGCUACUAUUCUCUUCCACAUGUCGGGAGAGCUUUUCGCCCUUCAUGAGAGUCUCACUGAGAUGGGCGACUUUGAACCAGCUGUUGUAAACCUAUUGUGGAAACCCAUCGCUGGUGACCUUCUGGAGCUAAGAACUGAAGUCGAUUUGGUGUUGUCGCGGACGGCUGAGGGCAAUACUGAUGAUGAUAACGGCAAGCUCAAGCAGAAGCUUGGCGACUGUGAGGGCAGUCUCCUGAGGUCCUUGGAAGACGUCGGGAUGGUUGUGGCCAAAAAUGGUAUAGAAAACGGCCCGUCUACCCCUGAGGUCAUCCGAUUUCACUAUGCUAUGGGCUCGCUGGUGUAUUUCGCGUACCUUGUGGAGAAGUACAGAGAAGUCGUCGUGAAGGAGGGACAGAAGGCUUAUGAGGGCGGCAACGAGGUUCGUUCUUACGUACGUCCAUUUAUUAGUUUUGGGCGCGCUCUUGCUGGAUGGUGGGAAAAACCAUUCUUCGCUGACCUCGAGGACAAGGCUGACUUGCGUCGUCGGUUGAAGUUCCCAAUACGUUACAGUAUCGCGCUCUUCUGUGUGGUACUGCCGUUGUCAGCUUGGGCGAAAUACAGCGAAAAUGUUAGAAUGCAUGCUUUCUGGUCGGUCGUGCCCAUCUAUAUGUGUUUCCUGCCGACCCCGGGAGCAUCUUUGCUCAAGGGGACGCGACGUGCGAUUGGUACCGUACUGGGCGCGGUGUGUUCACUUAUAUGUAUUGCUGCCAAUCCUGGAGACAAGGCCGCGUUUCUGCUGGAGCUGCUGAUCUUCAGCUUUAUUGGUAGACUGGGUCGUGUCGCGGUACCUUGGGUCGACUACGCUGGUUUCGUCUUCCCCCUGACUUUCACCGUGGUUGGUUUUGGUUCGCUACUCCUCACUGGUUCGACGAGUUUCAUGCUUUAUAACGCUUGUUGGCGUAUCGCUUUCACUCUGUGCGGAAUAGUGAUCGCCAUGACCGGGAGCAUCCUUGCUUUCCCACAGUUUGCCUCUGAUGAGCUACGCCGGGCUUCCGGGCGUGUGCUGCAGGAUGUGGUGAGCCAGAUUGAGCGCCAGUUCAAAUUAGUGGUGUCCAUUAAACCUGAUGAUGACAGUACAGUCGCCGGAGACGAGCUUGCUGAGGGCGUGAAAGAUCUCGGUUUGAAGAUAUAUCGGUCGCUAGCCAACAGAGAAUCUCUCAAGAGCGACGCUAGGGCUGAAAUCGCGGUCUUCGGUCCCUUCACAAAAAUCUUGGAUGUUGAUCGCAGAGUUAUGUUGGAGCAAGAACUGAUCGCGGAAGUCUUGCGUGAUGCGUUGGUGCUCAGCAGCUCCUUGGGUUCGGCAGCGCCUUUCCUGGCGGAUCCAUCUGCAAGGAAAGCCCUGCGUCCGCUUAUAGGAGCGAUAAAUGGUCUUCAGAAGGCCGUGGGGAAGUCGGCCGAGACGAUAUCAGCAGUGCUUUCUUCUGGACAGAAGGCUGAAAUUGAACCCAUCGUUGACGAUGUAAACGUGCAAGUACAAGAGUGCACUGACCUUCUGGUGGAAGUGCGUAAUGAUUAUCUCGUUGAUAUUUUGGACGGUCAGAGUGAUCUACGUAAACUCAAGAGGGAAAGUGGAUUCAGGAUUUAUCACACAAUCUAUGCUUUGACGGCGUUCGCCGUGAAAUGGAGCACUUUGGAGCGUAACAUUUUCGGUCGACAAGUGAUUGCUGAUAACUCGGCAGAUCAUUCUGAAUCGGACCACACUGAGGUAGAUAGUAGGGCCUCCAUUAACCUGAGGAAGAACAAGCCGACCAUGUAG